AUGGACUUGAACAGAAUUAAACAACUCUCUGGGGAAUAUAAGCGGGAGAAUGGCUUGUCACUGGCUACACGCGCGGUUCAUGCGGAUGCUAAUGUCGACAGUCACUCUGCAGUGGCUCCCGCGCUGCACACAAGCACAACAUAUCGCUUUGCAGAUGAUCCGGAAGAACUUGUCCCGUUCAAAGAUCUCGACCCUGAAAGGGCCCUCGGGUCUCAUGCCUACGUUCGCUACACAAGCCCCAACAUGGUUCGCUUUGAAGCCGUCUUGACUUCCAUAUUGGGUGGGCCAGCUCUCACUUACUCGUCUGGCUUGGCGGCUUUUCACGCAAUUCUCGUCCUCUUAAAUCCUCGUCGCAUUGCUAUUGGUGGGGGAUACCAUGGCUGUCAUGGUGUUAUCAAAAUGGUCUCUCGUAUGACUGGUCUAGAGACGUUACCUCUCGACUGCGAUGCCUCUCAGUUGCAACCUGGCGAUAUAAUUCAUGUCGAGACACCACUUAAUCCGACUGGAGAGGCUAUUAAUCUACAACAUUAUGCUGACAAGGCACAUAAGGCGGGGGCAUUUUUGACUAUUGAUGCUACUUUUGGGCCUCCACCGCUCCAGAAUCCAUUUGGCUUUGGCGCGGAUAUUGUUCUUCACAGCGGCACCAAGUAUUUUGGAGGGCAUUCUGAUAUGUUGUGCGGUAUCUUGGCUGUGAAUCCCAAGCACGACUUUCUUUUAAAGCUGCAUAGUGAUCGCGUCUAUCUGGGCUCAGUCGAAGGCAACAUGGAGAGUUGGCUUGGAAUGCGAUCUCUGCGGACUCUUGAGCUUCGAGUUACAAGACAAAGUGCUACUGCAACAGCACUAGUAACUUGGCUUCAUAAUCAGCUUCAAGAUUCAUCCACUGCUGCGCAUCGAGUGGUUGAACAAGUUCAUCAUGCAAGUUUACAGGCUGAGGCAACGAAGGAGGAUAGCUGGCUGCGGAAACAGAUGCCCAAUGGCUAUGGUCCUAUUUUCUCUAUUACCCUAAAGGAUGCGAAUUUAGCAAAACGUCUGCCAAGCAAACUUCGUCUGUUUCAGCAUGCGACGAGUCUUGGGGGUGUUGAAAGUCUGAUAGAAUGGCGAGCCAUGACGAACACUAGCAUUGACCAGAGGCUGGUUAGACUGAGCAUUGGCGUUGAAGCGUUGGAGGAUCUGACAUGGGAUUUGCAGCAGGGGCUGGAGGCACUUGGCAAGGAGACGCUGCCGGAGAAACAAUAUUCAGAUACAAUAUAG